AUGAUCGACCGAGAACAUAACACACCAUCCUUCCCCAACGCUCAGGACUACUACUACCCCAACCACAACGAACGCUCCGACAGAUCCAGCCUUCCCUCCGGAGAAGGUAAUCGUGGCGGCCGUCGUCCCCAUGCAUUUGAUCCCGAGGACUCUUUUCCCAGCGGCCAGCAGAAGGAUAACGGCCCUUAUGACCAAGACUUCUUUUAUAACGAGGAGAACCUGCACAGCGAGGACCAAGGACCUACCAUGCCCUCCUCCAACGAUCAGAAGAACACGCAUAGCCAAGGCCGUACCACCCCCGCCUCCAGCAACCACCAAAUUACCGGGCCCAACCCCCGCAUCAGCCGCCUCACUCCUUCCCAGUCCAAGGACUCUCCACACAGCGCGCAGAAUGGCAACGACUUCUACGACCCGAACUUCUUCCCCGGUAAAGACGCCCAAGACGUCCGCGAUGAUGUUUUCGACAACAAGCGACCCUCUGGUCUGAGUAGAGGCCGAAUCAAUAUGGGCUCCGGCAAUGGGGGAGAUGAGUCCUUCGUUGGCGGAAUGGAUCGAGGUUUGGGGGAGUUUCUUGAUUUUGCGAAGGAUAUGGUUUCUAGUGUCAUAUAG